AUAUAAAAAUUUAAAAUGGUUUCAAAUACGAUGGAUUCAAUAUUUGGCAACAAUAUCUGCGUCAUUAUCCAUGUUUAUAACUGGAAUGCAUUUCGUAUGGUCAUCCCCAUCUUUACCCAAAUUAUAUGCUAAUGAGUCUCAAAUUCACAUAAGUAUAGAAGAAGGAUCAUGGAUCGCCUCAACGGAAUUAUUAACCAACAUACCAGGUAGCCUGAUUGGAGCUAUUCUGGCUGAUUACUUAGGAAGGAAAAAAUCGAUCCUUAUCACAACACUCCCCUAUUUAAGUAGCUGGCUCCUGAUUGCAUAUGGAAAAGAUAUCAAAACACUCUUAACAGCCAAAUUUUUGGUAGGAAUAGCUGAUGGUAUUACUUACACAAUAUUACCUAUGUAUGUAGGAGAAAUUGCCGAAGAUGAUAUUCGUGGAAAAUUAGGCAAUUGUAUGACGGUGAUGUUUGACAGUGGAUCAUUAUUUUUAUACAGUGUUGCACCAUGGAUCUCAAUUCAAUCGAUGGCCCAGAUUGGAUCGAUAUUUCCAAUAAUAUUAUGCAUACUGAUAAUUUUUAUGCCUGAAACUCCCUAUUAUUUGCUAAUGAAAGAAAAAAUUCCUGAAGCAAAAGAAUCAUUACAACUAUUACGGCAAUAUUCAUCAAAUAUCGAUACCGAAUUCAACGAAAUGCGGAAAAUUGUUGAAUUCCAAACUCAUCAAACAUCAAACUGGUCCGAUUUAUAUAUGAACCCUGGUUAUUUUAAGGGAAUACUUAUCAUAAUGGGUGUAAAAACAUUACAACAAAUGAGUGGUAUUUACGCUAUUAUGGUAUAUUCCGAAAUAAUAUUCGAAGAAGCUGAUGGUAUUUUUUCUGGUGCAAUUUCAUCGAUUAUAUUUGGAACAUUUUUACUUAUCAGUGGAAUUUGUGGAUUAUUAAUAAUUGAUAAAAUCGGACGACGUCCGUUACUGGUAUUUUCAUUUUUGGGAUGUUUUCUGGCACUUAUCACUCAAACCAUAUAUUUUUACUUUCAAUAUUACAAUCUAUGUGAUUUAAGUAUGGCUAGUUGGGUCCCGAUUUCCGCAAUGUUGGUCUAUAUUAUUUCGUAUGGUAUAGGGCUAGGACCAAUACCCAUGACAUAUAUUGGCGAAAUGUUUCCCACUAAUAUAAAAGCAAAGGCAUUAUGUUUUUUGGAUAUAUAUUUUGGAUUAAUUGAGUUUAUAGUCGUUAAAAAUUAUCAAAUUAUGGCUAAUUAUUUUGGAAGUUAUAUUCCGUUUGCAAUAUUUUCUAUGUCUUGUUUAAUUGGAAUACCAUUUGUCUUAUAUUGUAUUCCAGAAACGAAAGGAUGUUCUUUAGAUUAUAUCCAAAAUAUUUUGGGAAAUAACAAUAUUUCAAACGAGAAAAAUACAAAGCAUGUAGAAAUUACAAAAUUGUAAUAGUGUUUUUGAUUGCACAAAAAAAAAUGUCGUGAUGGAUAGGCUAUGGGGAUAAGAAGUCUUCCAAGGUUUAUACGCGAGAAGAUGUACGUAGGGGCAAAUUAACGUACGUUUAGAAAAAAGAAUAUGUAAGUGUUUUUGUUUUCACUGAAAUUUAUUGGAAGGCAAAUUUCUUUCAUUUGUGUACAAAGCUACCAGUUAUAAAAUUUUGCUAAGAGUUUGGACUUUUGUUUAAAAAUUCCUUGACGUGAAACUAAAGACACAGUGAUUCUUGUACUUCUUAACGUGAGUCGAACUUUCUCUGAUCUCUGAUUUCAUUGUUUUUAUGGCAAAACGUUGUCUUUAUGAGGAACGUUGUUUAACGUUCGCAAUCGUUCCAUUUAAAAACUAAUUUCAUUAAUAUUAAAACUUAAAAGAGUGGGAUGAAUUUCAAAUCUUGAGAAAAAAGUAGAUUUAUCAGCAAGUAGCCCAUUGACUAAUGAAUUCCAAAGAAGCUUUGGUAUCAUUAAAACUUGAUUUUCAAAUUAAGUAACCGUAGCCACCUCUCCAGAUUUGAUCGGGAGACUCCCGAAAUCGUAUAGUCUCUUUCGAUUUCCGAUAUCAACAUAAUUUCGAUAAAAAAGUUCAGUUCAGUAAAAAUAGUAUAUUACACACCUAGGGAGCAAAAGUAAAGAAUGUUUCAGAUCGGAAGCAAUAGUAAAAAUGUCUCGCGAAGCUUCAGGCGACAGUGAACAUGAGAUCUGAGACAUUAUUCAUUUGCCCCCGUGGUGUGUAUAUUAUUUUUCUCCCCGACGGAUGCGGAAAGCGGCAACUUCGUUUUGCAC